ACCGGAUGUCCUCGCUUUCCUACCCGGAAAAGGAGUACCCGAGGAAUCGAUAGUGGAGGGAUUGUUGCAGCUUGUUCAAAAGAGAAUUUUGAAAUUGUUGAGUAUUUAUUUGUGAUAGUACAACGCAAAUUAAAUCAGCACGCAGAUCAUCCAAGUGAGAUUCUAUUUCACGGAGUUCUUUUUUGAAAAUGUCGGUUGGGCCUCCGAGUCGCUCAUCCACGGGCUGGCCGCGCGGUGGUUCCGUUCAGUUUGGGAACAAAUACAUUAGCGGGCCCGCAAAACCGCUCACCCUGGAGAGGACUAUCAAUCUAUACCCUCUGACCAACUACACAUUUGGCACUAAAGAACCCCUCUAUGAAAAGGACAGUUCAGUGGCAGCUCGGUUCCAGAGGAUGCGGGAGGAAUUUGAUAAAAUGGGAAUGAGAAGGACAGUGGAGGGUGUUCUCAUUGUCCAUGAACAUAGACUUCCUCAUGUGUUACUGCUGCAGCUUGGUACCACUUUCUUCAAAUUGCCAGGUGGAGAGCUGAAUCCUGGAGAAGAUGAGGUGGAGGGUCUGAAACGUCUUAUGACUGAGAUCCUUGGACGACAGGACGGAGUGAAGCAAGACUGGGUGAUAGAUGACUGCAUUGGUAACUGGUGGCGGCCCAAUUUUGAGCCUCCGCAGUAUCCCUACAUUCCAGCUCAUAUCACCAAACCCAAGGAGCAUAAAAAACUGUUUCUGGUCCAGCUUCAGGAAAAAGCACUGUUUGCUGUCCCUAAAAAUUAUAAACUGGUGGCAGCUCCUCUGUUUGAACUCUACGACAAUGCCCCUGGAUAUGGACCCAUCAUUUCCAGUCUACCCCAGUUGUUAAGCAGGUUUAACUUUAUCUACAACUAACUUUGUGAAGCAGAAGUCUUUCUUGGCUGUCUCUGUGAGUACAGCCCCAACUGAGGAAAACUGAGAAGAUGGAAAACAAUGUGUUUGAUUAAAGAGACUUGUCUGAUUGACUUUUUCAGAAGAAGAGUUUGUCAUUUUGGGUAUAUUAAUAGUCCUUUUGGUUAUUUGUUUUGUUUUUUAAGAAACUGCCUGUUUUGAUAUUGUGCCACAAAUAUUUGUGUCCUGAGACUGAUUUUACAGUAUGUAGUCUCAAAUCCAGGACAUUGUCUGAUUAAAAAACUUCAACAUUGAGUUUCCUGUUCUUUUAAAAUGUAAGAAGGCUGUUGUUUUCAUUUUUAAUAAAUCGAUCAUGUGUGUUUUAUUA